CUGGUUUCAUCGAUAGUAAAUAUCUUUUUUGUCGAAUAGCAAAACAUUAAUGAAAGAAAAUUACCUUUUGGAUGAUGUGGUCUUUGAAACGCCCUCGUUUACAGGUUAUUUUGUUAUACCGUGAAUCAUUAGUGUUGUACUGGCUUAAAUCCAUGGUAACCUUCUUUUGUGGCCAAAACAUUACAACGAAUACUUUGAUGCAUCAUGAGGUAUUUGGCUCUGCUGUGAGUCCAAAGUAAUAUAAGUAUUAAUACCGAUCCAGCAAAUACCUGGAGCCAGAACUAUCCAUUAUUUCACUGAAACAACUUCGACCGCGCUUUGUACUAUUAUGACCCAUCCGUGACUGUCAGAAGUGGCGAUGAAAUCCAGUGGUCCCGUGUUCACCAACCAGAACCCUUUCCAGCCAGCUCCCAGAGUGGGGAAGUCACACUACCAUCCAUCCUGCAACCAGUCCUUGUCAAAAAAGAAGAAAAAGACGACAUUGAGUCCUGUGCGUUUAAACCAGAGACCCAGUCCACAGAUACACACUCUAGACCCAGUGAGCCAACAGAAGUCUGACAAAUGUGAUCUCAGUUUAGCCAUCGCAGAUGGGCAACCUGUUUUUUCUGAAUCCUGGCCUUCCACUGAUAGUAGAACUUCUCCUUCCAUCACUGCAACCACAUCUGACAUGGAGACACACAAACAGACUGCAAGAGCAGGGAGCUCAACACUGUCCUCUGAGCCAGGAGAUCAGCAGGAUUCAAUGCUGGCAAAAUACAUUGAGCGUUUUCGCCACGGUCGACCACAGAGUCGAGAGGAUCGCCAGCAGAUGGCUUCUGCUUUUGGAGAAGAGCAGCUGCCUUUUAGGUGGAAGUCAUCCUCAUCUUUGCCCCCCAGUUCAACACCAAAUAAAAUGGUGGACAUAGAUCAGGUCAUCCUGCCUCUGAGAGAAGAACACAUGCCUGCCUUUUUUAGUCCAGCUGGACAGCGUCAUCGUGACAGAUCUCCUUCUAUAUGCAGUGGAUCUCCUUGUGUGAGUGGUUUGUCUGACACGUUCCAGGUUGAGUUUGAUGACACAGAGCUAAUAAAUCUUCAAGAGAGGGCCAGCAGACUUCUGUUGAGGGGUGAAUGCACUUUGAGUGAUGGAUCUAUCCGUGUCAGCUCAGAAGGCCUGGGGUGCUCAGAUUUCUCUCCUACUGUCAGUGUAGAUGAACCAGUGCGAAGACCUUUCAUGCCUGGUCUCAUAAAAUCUACUGCUGCAAAGGCCAGCUCAAACUCCGUUCAAUCUGAGUCGUCGCAAAAGCAUGUUUUUCCUUCUUUGGGGCUCCCCACUCGCCCUGAGGAGGACAUCUUGUUCCAGUGGCGUUUAAGGAGAAAGAUGGAGCAGGCCACAAAGUUCUCUCAAACCCUGCAACACUCCCAUCGUCAUAACACCUUCAGCUUGCAGCCUUCCAGUUUACUCCAUCCCUCACCUGGUGAAGUGGAACAUCUGUACAAGGGACACCCAAGUACUCAAUGUCCUGAAUUCUCACUGAAAGAUAUUCAUCCACACAUCACUGCUCACCAGCCAAAUGACAAAGAAGCCCUCAGUUCAUCUCGCCUUGCCUCAGGUCCAAGUCCCCCCCCUGCAUUUGUUGUCUCUGGCUCUUCUGUGUCUCAACACCAGGCUCUUGCUCAUGUUCCAGCCCACAUGCAUUUACUCUGCGAUGUCUUGCCCUGUUCCAUCCACUUGUCUCAUGCUAGCGCACAACAAAACAUUUCACAGGAUUUAGAUGAAUUCCAUUCCAAAUUUGUAAGUAAAAAGACCCAGGUCCCUGAUGACCAAAUUGAUAUCUUCACUGAAGAACCAAUUCGUGAAUGCAUGUCUUCCUCAACACAUGCUUCAUCUGGAGCUGUAGAGAAAGAGUGGCCUCUUAGAAACAAAAGGUCUGAGAACAACAAGAAGGAGAAAGCUCAGGGAAAAGAGUUGCAGAGGAAUAAGGGGACAACAACGUCGUCCAUCAGAAAGCAAAAGACACCAAAAAGAUAUACUGUGGAUGAGGAGCACGCUGAUGGCCCUAACUUAAUAAAGAGGAGUUCAUCACAACAGAGACCUCCAAAAAAUGCAGUGCUAUUGGAAGAGAUGCAGCAACAGGAGCAAAACCAAGGGUUUUCCAGUAGGAGCUGUACUGGUGAUCGUGCAACACCACGUUCUCCAGUUCACAGUGCCUUAGCACAGGUAGUUUCAGAGGUGCUCUUCCCUACUGUGGAUUCACCUCCUUCUCGAAGAUCCCCCAGCUCUUUGGUUUCUCCUCCUUGCCCUGUCUCUGCACCUCAACAUGCCACAGUUCAUAAAUCUGUGAAGGUCAUCUCUCAGCUGCUGCAGGAGGCUGAAGAUUCAGAUGAAAAGGAGUUUGAAGAUGACACUUUAUUACAGGUGCUACGUAAACAAAGAAAAUGGGUAAAGGAGCAGAUCAGGGAAGUGGAAUGUAUGUUGACAGAAUUCUUGGAUGAGCAACAAGUGACUUGAACAUUGAUGCAGUCAUUUUUUUAUUUUUUAUAAAAUAAAGAUUAUUUGUAUUUUUU